CUUCCUGGAGGGUGACAGAUGGAUGAACCAUCCAGGGGAGACGGAGUACAUGCCCGUCGACACAACUUGGGCAGUAAUAAAUCAGACACGUAUGCAUCCGUCUUAAUUUUAUACUGCUAUUCAUAUCCGUCCAUUUUUAUGUCUAUAUCUUGAUCACCUUUCUCUGCAGGUAGACGGCGCCCACAAGUCAGCCUUGAGGAGUUUAGUUUCCUUGAAAAGAUUUGCAGGAAAACUACGCCGGAGGAAAGGACUUGGGCUAAGUUGGUGAACCCAAGGACCAUACAUUGGUACUGUGACGGUCCUGAGCCCACCCAAGAAGCAAUUAGAUACGACGAACGAGUUCAUAAACAGAUGGAUGACGCAAAAAGGAGAGCUUUGAUCAAAUCCCAAGCCGUCAAGAAGAGGGAAUCCGGCGAGGUGGUUCCUAAGGUGUCGGCUUCAGCACCUAAGAGGAAACCAACAUCAAAAUCUGACCGUCCGUUUAAGCAACCAAAAGUCUCACUUGAGCCCGUGGUUGGUUUGAUGGCAGAGGGUGUCAAGACCGUCACCCCAGCUAAGAAGGGGACGGGUAAAGGACUGAUGACGGCCCCAGAGGGUAAGCAAGAGAGACCUCCUUCCCUUCUCCGUGAUGACUCCAAGUAUGCAUUGGAGAAGCUGUCGUCCAUCAUCACGGCAGAAGACUAUGAAGACCUGGGAAACCAUUCGACGGAGGCCAUGGGGGAGACGGGCCUCUUCUCCGUCGCUCAGUCCUUGGUCAUGAUGAAGGGACUACUUGACCGGUGUCUCAACCGUGAGAGUACCUUGGACCGGGUGCGCGAGAAGGCGCAGCAGACGGAGGAAGAGCUCGGACAACUUCAGAGAUGGAGGUCCAAGAUGGAGAAGAAGCUGGAGCUUUCUGAGCAGGCGAGGAAGGAGCUGGAGGAGAAGACGGCCACUUCGCUGACGGUCAUAGAGAAUAAAGAGGCUGAGAUCAAACAACUCAAAGAAGAUCUCCGUCAGGCUAAAGUGGCAGCCGUCGAGGAAUACCGAUGCUCGGAGUCCUGUUUGAGCGAGCUGUCGGACUCCUUCCUCCAAGGCUUCGAUGAUUCCCUCCGUCAAGUCAAGAAGGCUUAUCCAGAGCUGGACUUGACAAUGGUCAAACUUGAGGACCAAGCCCAGACUUCUGCCCUCCCCGUCGCCUCCGAAAACACGGAGGACCUUUUUGGCGACGGUGUUGCUCAGGGAGACGGAGAGUCCGCCCCGUCGAAGGAUGUCCCAGUUGCUGAAGAAAAGAAAGAUUGAUGCCUAUGUACUUUAUUUUGUGAACAAUCCGUCCCUCUUUUUUAUUCAUUUUUUAAGACAAUCCGUCCUUUUUAAUUGUAUUAAACAUUUGCCUUUGGGGCUUUUGGCUUAAAGUUCACAUAUGCUUUUUAUAAUU